CUGGAAUAAGCUAGUCUUGCAAUAUAAAUGUCGAGAAGCUAAAAUUAGUUUAAGUAGUACUCCGUAUUAAUUAACCACACUAUCGAAUUGAAGUUGAAAAUUAGACCAUCAGGGAGGACGACGACGACGUGUGGCAUGGCGGCGGCGGCGGCGGCGUAUGGAGGAACGACGCAGAAGUGCAUGGCGUGUGAGAAGACGGUGUACGUGGUGGACAGGUUAACUGCUGACAACAGAGUUUACCACCAGUCUUGUUUCAGAUGCCACCACUGCAAUGCCACUCUCAAGCUAGGGAACUACAACUCAUUUGAGGGAGUGCUCUAUUGCAGACCACACUUUGAUCAGCUCUUCAAAACAACUGGCAGUUUGGACAAAAGCUUCCAAGGGAUACCAAAGAUUGUGAAACUAGAGAAAGCAUAUGCACCAUCACAGGUGAGGGUGAACGGGAAUGGAUACCAUGCACAGGAGGUGCUUCAUCAAGUGCAGCCAUGGGGGUUAGUUGCGUGAUAAGUCCAUCAAACUACAUUGCCCACGAGGGACGCCUCUACUGCAAGCACCACCAUCUUCAGCUCAUCAAACUUAAGGGCAACUACUUGACAACCCAAUUGGAACCUACUCCUCCCGGGGACGACGAAACCAAUUCUAGCUAGCUUAUAAUAAGCUAAGGGAUGAAUUCGAUCUAUUGAUUAUUUCAUUCGCUGCAUUGUUUGCAUGCC